AUGACCACCGGUGUUAACGGCAACGGCCCCGUCAACCAGCUCGCCCCUGGCCACUUCCUCUUCACCUCCGAGUCGGUCGGUGAGGGCCACCCCGACAAGAUCUGCGACCAGGUCUCGGACGCCAUCCUCGACGCGUGCCUCGAGCAGGACCCCCACUCCAAGGUCGCCUGUGAGACCGCCUCCAAGACCGGUAUGAUCAUGGUCUUUGGCGAGAUCACCACCAAGGCCCGCCUCGACUACCAGCAGAUUGUCCGUGACACGAUCAAGAAGAUCGGCUACGACCACUCGGACAAGGGCUUUGACUACAAGACCUGCAACGUCCUCGUCGCCAUUGAGCAGCAGUCGCCCGACAUUGCCCAGGGCCUCGACCACGGUUCCCUCGAGAACCACGGUGCCGGUGACCAGGGCAUCAUGUUCGGCUACGCGACCGACGAGACUCCCGAGUACAUGCCCCUGACCAUCAUGCUUGCGCACAAGCUCAACUCUGCCAUGGCCGAGGCCCGCCGCGACGGCUCGCUCGGCUGGCUCCGCCCCGACUCGAAGACCCAGGUCACUGUCGAGUACAAGAAGGACGCUUCGGGCUCCGUCGUCCCCCUCCGUGUCGACACCAUUGUUAUCUCGACCCAGCACGCUGAGGAGAUCUCCACUGAGGACCUCCGCUCGGAGAUCAUGGAGAAGAUCAUCAAGAAGGUCAUCCCCAAGAACCUCCUCGACGACAAGGUCAUCUACCACAUCCAGCCCUCCGGCCGCUUCGUCAUCGGUGGCCCCCAGGGUGACGCCGGUCUCACUGGCCGCAAGAUCAUUGUCGACACCUACGGCGGUUGGGGUGCCCACGGUGGUGGUGCGUUCUCGGGCAAGGACUUCUCCAAGGUCGACCGCUCGGCUGCCUACACCGCCCGCUGGAUCGCCAAGUCGCUCGUUGCCGCUGGCCUCGCCAAGCGCUGCCUCGUCCAGCUCUCGUACGCCAUCGGUGUCGCUGAGCCCCUCUCCAUCUUCGUCGACACCUACGGCACCGGUAACAAGACCGACGAGGAGCUCGUUGACAUCAUCCGCAACAACUGGGACCUCCGCCCGGGUGUCAUCGUCAAGGAGCUCGACCUCCAGAAGCCCAUCUACCGCCAGACCGCCGCUUACGGCCACUUCGGCAACCCCAACUACACCUGGGAGAAGCCCAAGCAGCUUAAGUUCUAA